GUAUAUCCAUUAAGAACAACGUUAAACAAGUUAUUCUUGGAUAUAAAGAUAGAAAAACAUAAGAGUAUUGGUGAGUGAAGAAAAAUUAGAAUAUAGAAGAAUAUGUAUGUGACUAGGCCUCUUUCGUUGUUAAAAAAGUCUUCAGAGGCUCUCUCAUUACCUCCACCUGAAGGACCAAAUUCUGGUAUUCUUGUAAUUCAAGAUGAUGAUUUGGAACCAACCUCUUGUUUUGGGUUGGGAAAGUAUCAUGAAGUUAAGGAGUUACCUUUUCCACAAAACAUGAACCUUGAGUUGUUCUAUAGAUCAGGCGUUUCACUCAACCGAGCUACUCGUUAUCAUCAUGUUGCCUUCAUUCCAGUUGUUAAUCAGCCAUUGUCUUCCAAUAAAUACUAUGUUAUUCAUCUUCAAGGGAAGAAAAGAGGGGAAGCAUACAUUAAUUCAAAGGAGGAAGAUGUGGACACAUUCUGUUUCUACAAUUCUGUCUCUGAUGUGCCACUACAUCCAAUAGAUAUCAAUGACACAAAUCAUGAGUUUGAGAUGUAUCCUCGUAGAAGCAAAGUUAGUUUAAGGAGUGGUUUCUCGGCUAAAUCAGUUUCUCCAGAAGGAUAUCCUCCAAGGUUUUUAAGUAGAAGGUGGAAAUUGAGUGCUUCAACAUCAUCAACUGAUUCAAGUCUUGGAGAAGCAUCAGGUAUAGAUGAAUCCCUCCGUGUGAUUAAACCAGAAUUUGAAUUCUCCAUAUCAAACAGAUUUUCAAAAAGUGUUGUUGUUGGAAAAUGGUAUUGUCCCUUUAUGUUUAUCAAGGAAGGAACUCACAGAACAUUGAAAGAAGAAAUGAGAAAAUCAAUGUUUUAUGAGAUGACACUAGAGCAGAAAUGGGAACAAGUGUUUUCAUGUGAGAAUGAUGAUGAUAGGAGGGGAAAAAACACUGUGAAUGUUGAUGCUGUUGUUCAAAAGGAAGUUGUUGUGGUUUCUGGAUGGGAAGCUAUAAUGGAUGUAGUAGCUGAAGAUUUUUUAUGGUUUAAUAGUUUCAACAAUGUUGGAGAAAAGAAUAGUGUUGGAUUGAGUAUGGCAAUAGUUGAGAGAAUGAAGUGGGAGCAAGAAAGGGUUGGAUGGAUUGGAGGAAAAGAAAAGGAAAUUAGAAUUAAGAAAGUGGAAGAAUUUGAAGGGAGUAAUAAUGGAUGGAAGAAAUUUGGAUGUUAUGUGUUGGUUGAGACUUUUGUAUUGAAGAGAUUGGAUGGAAGUGUUGUAUUGACUUAUGCUUUCAAACACAGUCAUCAAUUAAGAAGCAAAUGGGAAUGAUUGUUACGAGAAAAAUAAAUGGAUAGGUUUGUAGUAUUCAUAUUCAAUUUUUAUGUGGUCUGGUUAAUUAACAAGAAAAAUUUGUUCAUUCAUUCAGAUUUGCAGAGUAAUAUUGAUAUUGCAGAUUAUAUACAAGAAUAAACUAUUGAACAUA